AUGAAGAUACUUGUGGCCUUAAUACUGCUUGGAGUAGUCUCUGCCUUUGAAGAUGAUGACAAGAUUGUUGGGGGAAGCACCUGCACCAAGGGCUCUGCCCCUUACCAGGCUUCCCUAAAUGCCGGAUACCAUUUUUGUGGAGGGUCCUUGAUUAACAACCUAUGGGUGGUGUCUGCUGCUCAUUGUUUCAAGACAAACAUUCAAGUCAGAUUGGGAGAACACAACAUUGCUGUGAGUGAAGGCACCGAGCAGUUCAUCAGCUCAGCCAAGGUUAUUAGACAUAGCAGAUACAACUCCAGAACCCUGGACAAUGACAUCAUGCUGAUCAAGUUGUCAUCUCCCGCCUCAUUGAACACCAGCGUGAAACCCAUUGACCUUCCAUCUGGUUGUGCCAAAUCUGGGACCAACUGUGUGAUUUCUGGCUGGGGAAAUACACUCAGCAGCGGAACCAAUUACCCUGAUCUCCUUCAAUGUCUGAAGGCUCCAAUCUUAACUGAUGCAGAAUGCAGUGGGUCUUAUCCUGGACAGAUCACUGCUAACAUGAUCUGUGUUGGCUUCCUGCAAGGAGGAAAAGAUUCCUGUCAGGGUGACUCUGGUGGACCCGUGGCUUGUAGCGGACAACUGCAGGGUAUUGUUUCCUGGGGAUAUGGCUGCGCACUUAAGAAUUAUCCUGGAGUGUACACCAAGGUCUGCAACUACAACUCCUGGAUCGGAGACACCAUUGCUGCCAACUAA